AUCUAAUCUUUAAUAUCGUAAAUUGCUCACAACUGUACUGCACCUAUAGCCAUGUAUCAUUCGCAGGAAUUAUCGAACAAGCUCUUCAUGGACGAUGACAUCGAGAGACUUACACAGCUGCAAUGUUAGUAAAUGGUGUAGUGUGGCUGUUCUGCCAAGACUGCGAUCACGUCACUGGAGCGGUGACAAGCGAGACAAGUUCAGAUCGGCUUGAAGGGUUGCAUAGGUUCCUAAGUAUGAUCGACCAAUGACAAAGAUGAAUUGAGAAGCGACAAAAUUUUGUACUCGCUUCUAACUCCACCAUAGCUUUCUCUGCCAGACUCUGCCUUGCCUAGUGCAGCAGGUCGUUUGUCAAGGUAUAAGACUUUAUAAAAUCUUUCAACAAGCUGAUCCCCCUACCUACCCCAGCUUCUCCAUUCACAAUUGUCGGAACUAUACCCAUACAGAUCUCAUAGCUUUUCAUCGCCAUGGCAGAAGCAGCUGUUGCAGAGAUUAAUGCUACCUACGAGAGUCUAGCCGAGCUCGAGCGCGAGUUUGAAGACGUCGAGGUAGAGAUAAUCCGCCAACAGCAUGCUCUCACAACGCCGCUCUAUGAGAAAAGAGAGAAGCUCGUAGCCAAAAUCCCCAACUUCUGGCCCCUGGUCCUUGAGCAGGCCCCGCCGGAUGUCGACCAAUACAUCCAGCCUGUCGACUCUGCUCUGCUUCUUAGUUCUCUAAAGUCAUUCUCCGUUUCUCACUUUGAGAUCGAGAAUGGCGGCAAGGGCGACCCUCGGAGCAUCUCCAUUAAGAUGGAAUUCGCCGAGAAUGAUCAUUUCGAGGAUACGGUCCUCGAGAAGAAAUUCUGGUACCGCCGCUCUAAACUCGGCCUCGCAAGUCUUGUCAGUGAGCCGGUCCCUAUCAAGUGGAAGGCCGGAAAGGACCUGACGCAGGGACUGCUUGACUUGACCGUCAAAGUCUGGGAGCAUGACAAGAAAGAGGGCCAAUCCAAUGGUGUAGGCAAGGAUAAGAAGAAGACCAAGCCCGAGGACUGGACGGCCGACCAAAAGGCCCUCAGGGAGAAGAUCGACACUUACGGUCUCGGUGGUGUAUCGUUUUUCUGCUGGUUUGGUUAUCGCGGUGAUUAUAUCACUGCUGAGGAAAACGCCAUUGCAGUCGAAGAGGAUAAGAAGAGGCGCGCCGAUAAGAACCAAGAUAAAGCCCCUGAGCCAGAGGAGGCAGAAGAAGACGACGAGGAAGACGAUGACGAAGAGGAUCCCUUAGCUCUCGAGAUCUUCCCGGAUGGCGACGACCUGGCUGUUGCACUCAGUGAAGAUCUAUGGCCUAGUGCGCUUAAGUACUUCACUCAAGCACAAGAGGCGGAUGCAAUCAGCGACAUUGACUUUGAAGACGACGAUGAGGAAAUGAACGGAGGCGAGGGUGAAGAUGAAGAGGAUGAUGACGAGGCGCCACCAUUGAAGAAGAGGAAGGCGUAAAUAUGCCGUGAAACUACGUUGAUGUGUUCGACAGUAAAGUAGCUACCGUAAUAUAGUGUACGGCGCAGAAGCUGAGGAUGGAUUGUUUCCACAUCUGGAUGACGACUUUGAUUGAUACCAAUUUCUACGAAUAACUUCACAAUUGAUUACUCACAAUUGAUCAAAA